CCAUCCAUUCAUUCAUUCCCCCAUUGACCUCUCACCCAACUCCUUCUAUUCGCCAUCCUUAGGGUUUUCUCUGCUUCUUCUUCUAUUUCCUCUUUUUCACACUUAACAUUCAUCUCCAAGAAUUAGUCUUGCUCCCUCUAAAGCUUCGUAUUUUUACUCAGCAACCCUUUUCGGGUAUUAUCUUUUCCGUUAACCCAUUUUCCUUUUAUUCUCUGCUCCCAGUUUCGAUCUGAUCCCGUGAAUUUUCCGAAGCUGCUCUUCCAAUCCUUCAAAUUUCGGACGAAGCUCCGAAAAGGGUAUGUUUUCUGCUUCUUACUUCGGCUCUAGGGUUAACUUUGAUGCUGAUGGUGAGAUUGGUUUUUAUUUGGAAUGAAAGAAAUUGGGAAUCUUGGGUGUCGAUUGGGAGUUCAGGAUGCUUAGAUUACAGCUCAUGCUUGGUUUUGUUCAAGUAGUGUAUUAGAAUUGUCGAAAUUCUCCGGGUUCUUUAGGUUUGGAUUUUGAAGUUGCGGGUGUCGUUGGUUUGGUUUGCUUGAAGGGGAAAACAAGUGGUGAUUUCUCAGUGUAGUAAGGUUUGAUUUGGAAAUGGACAACUCCAAAAACAGGCAUAAUGAUAGUCUGGGUGUUAACAAGAUGGGGAAAAAUAUAAGGAAGAGCCCUUUACAUCAGCCCAAUUUUGGUAACAACGCUGCUAGACAACAGCCUCAGCCUCAGGUUUACAACAUUAGCAAGAACGAAUUUCGGGAUAUUGUUCAGCAGCUUACUGGAUCACCCUCCCAGGAUCAUCCACCUAGACCUCCACACAAUCCACCGAAGCCACAGAGCAUGCGACUGCAGAAAAUUAGACCUCCCCCGUUAACGCCAAUCAAUCGGCCUCGCAUGCCGCCGCCAAUGCCGGUGCCUGCUGCCGCCCCCCCUCAUCCAGUUCCUCACAAUAAUGUCAUGCCAAGACCUGCUCAGUAUGGACAACCAUUGCCUAGUCCUGGGGAUAUAUGGUCUAAUACGACCGAGUCACCCAUAUCUGCUUACAUGCGUUACCUUCAGAAUUCAAUAAUGGAUCCAAAUUCAAGGGGUAACCAAGUUCAGCCUCAACCACAUCCGUACCCUCAACCUCAAGUACCCGGCAAUGUGCAGCCUUAUCCCCCUCCCUCGUCUGCUGUGUUUCCUAAUCCUCCCAUGCCCACCUUCCCUUCCCCGAGAUUUAAUGGUCCUAUUCCACCCAUGAAUGCUACUAACACUCCCAUGCCUACUCUUCUUCCUUCACCACAAGCAAAUGGUCCUCCUCCCCCUUUACUUUCUCCAACCUCUCAAUUCCUCCUGCCUUCUCCAACUGGUUACAUGAAUUUGCUAUCUCCUCGCUCACCUUAUCCACUUUUGUCACCUGGCAUUCAGUUCCCAUCUCCGCUUACACCAAAUUUUCCGUUCUCGUCCACGGGGCAAUCAGGGAUUUUAGGUCCUGGCCCACAACCUCCUCCUUCUCCUGGCCUUGUGUUUCCGUUAUCACCUUCAGGCUUUUUUCCCAUAUCAAGUCCCAGGUGGAGAGACCACUAGUCUUCUGAAUUCUUGUUACAAGUUUAAUUGGGUUUGCUUCUUUCUAACUGAAGAGGUCCUAGGCUUGUUCUUUGGCAUGUGAUGUACAAUCAGGUUGUAAGAGCUCUUUUUGGCUAUCUGUAGUGUUCAUUUCUCAUUUCUUUGUUUCUCUUUUGUUGACAACCGUAAUGGUUGCAAUCCUUUUACUUUGACAAGUUUUACAUUAGGCAAUACAUAUUGAAGAUCAGACAACUCAAUUGGGCAGUUGGACAGGAGCUGUAAGAUGGAAGACUGAUCUGUAGCUCAAAAGGAAGUAGGAUUACAGACAAUAUUUGUUGUGUAUGUCAUCUUCUUUUGUAAUAUAGUGGUUUACAUCUCAAAGUUCAUAGCUAAUUUCAUCUUUUCUAUGUAAGGUGUUUUGAAGUACGAUCUUAUGGUUAUUACCAUGUGAUUUGCUAUAAAUAUAUUUUACUUCUGCAGCAUA